AUGCCUGUUCGGUCACCGGAUGAUGAGCCUUCCGAAAAGGAGCAACACGCCAGGAACGGAACAAACUUCUCGAAGGCCCAGGAAGCUCCCAGCUCGACUUCUGAUUUGGUCGCAAAGAAACCGACCACUGCCCGGCGUGGACGGGCGUAUGAAGCGAGGCUCCUGGUGCACAACCCUAUUUGGAGAGCAAAUGAGCUUGAAGCUUGGGUACAUCAGGACCAGGAUAGCCCCCAUCUCAAGAUCCGCAAAGCGGGAACCUUGCGCCGGUCGUGGAAGAAGACUUCAAACCAGUGGAUUGAAUCCACUGGAAACAGCGAUCAGCUGACACCAGCAUUUUGGAGAAGGUAUCCACCAAUCGAGACAUUCACGUUGUCUCGAGCGAUUUCUCCCUCCGAGCAAAACGGUGGCCGAGAAGAAAUCCCCAGAUACAAGGCUCUGUUUCUGCAGACAGAGCAGAGGCGCAAAGAGGAAGAAGAGGGGAGGAAGCAGGCCGAAUGUGAAAUCAGACAGGAGAGGGAGAGACUUGAGCAGCUUCAAGAGCUCAGCUGA